AUGGACACUCUUCGCCUUGCUUCCGUCUCCGACUGCUCGUUCCAGUCCUCCUUCCUCGCGCCUUCCUCCCAGGUCCUGAAAUCUCGCACGGGGGCUUCCACUGUCGCCGUCUCUCACGGUGUCUCGCGUCCGUCGCCUACAGUCGCCUCUCAGUUCAGCGACUCGCAGAGGCGUCGCUACAUUUCCCCGACCCGCCGCCCCGCUCCCGGCGCCGCCGCAGCCGCGCCGUCGUCCGGCACGCUCUAUCCUACGCUCGUUGGCCCCGCCAGCUACGAGACCGACGAUGAGGGCGCCGGGACGCCAACUUGCCCGUUCGAGGCGGACGCCGCCAGCCGCGUCAUCACGGUGAGCGCAUGGGAGGAGUUCGAUUCCCUCCUGGCGGCGGCAUCCGCGCGCGGCCAGCUCGUCGUGGUGGAAACCACCUUGUCUUCGCUCCCCAACACCGCGAAGAACUACCCCAAGCUUCAGCAGAUCGCGCGCGUCUCACCCGGUCGCACGCUAUUUCUGCGACUCAUGGCUGAUCGCAGCGACGUGCUGCGUGACCUGGCGAAGUCGCUAGGCGUGAAGCAGAUUCCGUCGUACUCGAUUUUCAGGGACGGGCAGAUGGUGCACGAGGAGCCUGGCAUGGAUGUGGAUAGGCUGCUGCUGCAACUGCAGUAUUACAGCAGCAGCGGGAGCAACCUCGGGAUGAACGCCGCGGAUAGAUCCGAGGGCGGUAGCGUGUACAGCGGAAGCACGGACACGGAGCAGGACGGGAAAGUGCUUGAGCUGAACGGUCGCGAGGAUUUCUAUGAGCUGCUGCGCCGGCACGAGAACGACGAUCGGUUGGUUGUGCUGAAAGCGACGCUGACGUUCUGUGGCCCGUGCGUGCGGAUUCAUCCGACGGUGGUGAAGCUCGCGCAGCGCAUGUCGGACACUGCGGUCUUUGCGCGUGUGUUUGGUGACAAUAACGAGUCGACGGUGACGCUUAUGCGGGAGCUGAAUAUUGUCGAGGCGCCCACAUUCUUGUUCUACAGGAGGGGGGAGCUGCUGGGGCGGCUAAGCUUACCUAGCUUUAAGCUUGUCCGUCCGCGCAUGGCUUUCGCUGGGUGGCUGCGCCGAGGCAGCAGCCACCGAAGGGCCGUAAGCGCGCUGAACUCCCCGCUUCCGCUUCAGCUACUUCGACAGCUCGCUCCUGCCGCCAUUGCCGCGAGCUACCUGGCGGAAGGCUUAGCGCAAGGUUCGCCUGCUGCGGAGAGUUUCCACAGCAGGGCUACAGGCGUGUGCGGAAGCGGAGGGUCCGCGGUGCAGUCUUCCGCCAGCCCGCCAGGCGGAUGGCGGCAUCUGGGGAAUCAGGGGGGCAGCGGGGAGGAGGAUUCGGACAAUGACCAUAGCGUGGACGUCACGCCGUGGGUCCGCAGUGUCGCCAGCGGGGUGGAUCUCCUGCGCAACCCCAAGUACAACAAGGGGCUGGCCUUCACAGAGGAGGAGCGCAACCGCCUUUACCUCAACGGGCUGCUGCCUGCUGGCUAUAUGAGCCAGGACCAUCAGGUUGACAGGGUGUUGGCGAAUCUGAAAGAGGCACAGUCGGACCUGCAGCGCUAUGUGCACCUCAUGGCGCUGCAGGAGCGCAACGAGCGGCUCUUCUAUCGCGUGCUGGUGGACCACGUUGAGCAGCUCAUGCCCAUCGUCUACACCCCCACAGUGGGCCUGGCGUGUGAGCGCUUUGGGCUGCUGUUCCGGCGGCCGCGGGGGCUGUUUGUGUCGCAGCGGGACCGCGGGCGGGUGAUGGAGCUGCUCAAGAACUGGCCGGAAAGACGCGUGCGGGCGAUUGUGGUCACUGAUGGGGAGAGAGUGCUUGGGCUUGGGGACCUGGGAGUGCAGGGCAUGGCAAUAGCCGUGGGCAAGUUAACACUCUAUACGGCUUGCGGAGGCAUUCACCCAGCAGAGUGUCUGCCGGUGACCAUCGACGUGGGCACCAACAACCAGGCUCUGCUCAAGGACCCUUUCUAUCCUGGCCUCAGGCAACCGCGUGCCACAGGAGAGGAGUACGACGAGCUGAUAGACGAGUUCAUGGAGGCGUGCAAGCAGCGGUUUGGGUCGGACGUGCUGAUUCAGUUUGAGGACUUUGCCAACCACAACGCCUUCCGCCUGCUCUUCCAGUACCGCGGCUCUCACCUCGUGUUCAACGACGAUAUCCAGGGAACAGCAUCAGUGGCCCUGGCAGGGCUGCUGGCGUCUCUACCCCUGCUGGGCUCAUCCCUGUCCAACCAGACCAUCCUCUUCUUCGGGGCGGGCGAGGCCGGCACAGGCAUUGCCGAGCUGCUGGCGACCGCAAUCAGCAGAGAGGCGAACAUAUCCCUGGCGGAGGCUAGAGGCCGCAUUUGGCUCGUGGACUCCAAGGGUCUGGUGGUGCGCAGCAGAGUGGACUCGUUGCAGCCUCACAAGGUUCCCUUCGCGCAUGACCACCCCGAAUCAGCUGAUCUCGUGGAGACCAUCCAUGCCAUACGGCCAACAGCGCUGAUAGGGGUGUCAGGGCAGGCAGGGACGUUCACCCAGCCAGUGUGUGAAGCCAUGGCUCAACUCAACGAGCGACCCAUCGUCUUCGCUCUCUCCAACCCCACGUCGCUCUCUGAGUGCACAGCAGAGGACGCGUACAAGUGGACUCAGGGUCGGGCCAUAUUCGCCAGUGGCAGCCCGUUCGCCCCAGUAGAAAUGGAUGGGAGGCGGUUCGUGCCAGGGCAGGGAAACAAUGCGUAUGUGUUUCCGGGGAUCGGCCUGGGCUGCCUCAUGUGCGGGGCCACCAGGAUGAGAGACGAGAUGUUCCUCGCUGCUGCCGAGGCACUGGCUGCACAGGUGAGCGACGACGACAGGGAGCAGGGGCGCGUGUACCCACCCAUCUGGAAGAUUCGGCAGAUCUCAGCCCACAUCGCCAGGGCCGUUGCUGCUAAGGCGUAUGACCUCGGAGUGGCGACCAACUUGCCCAGGCCACCAGAUCUCCUGUCCUAUGCCUUCAGCAAAAUCCACUGCACCUUCAAGCGACAACCAGGACCGGUGCCAGCACACAGCAAGGCCCCCCUCUCCACUGCGCCAUCAAGCGGCAGGCAGGGUCGGCGGCAGCACACAGCCAAGCCCCCCUCUGUUUGUGAUGAUGAGUGGGUGCUUCUGAACCAUCUUUCACCUCUUCUUCCCCCUCUGCACCCCUCUGUCUGUGAUGAUGAUCCUGACACUGCUGCAGCAGCAGGAGGAGCAGAAGGAACAGCAGUCGACGGUGCUGUAGUAAGAGGAGGAGAGGGUUCCUCUUCGCCACCUGACAUGCUCGUGCUAGACUUGCACUCUGAUGCUGUUCCUGUCACACAUGCUGCUGCUGCUGCUGCUGCUGCUGCUGCUGGGGGUGACAGCGGCAGUGGUGGCGGUUUUGGUGAUGGUGAUGGUGGUGGUAGUUCGUUGGCGGAGUGUGAUUCACAGCAGCAUGAGCGUCAGCAGGAGCAUCAGAGGAGGCAAAGCUUUGCGGGCCUGCCAGAGGACGUGUGGGUGAAGGUGCUGCAGAUGCUCAAGCCGGCAGAUCUGCCGGCUGUGAGGGGCACCUGCAGCUCGCUCUACCGGUUAGCCGUGCAUGCCCGCCCAUCAGUCUUCAUCCACGUGCCCCCCAAGCGCCCAUCCGACUUCCCCUCCUUCCUCGCCCGCGCCGGCCCCGCCCUCUCCGCGCUCACCAUCCUCCCCACCGCACAGCUCCCUGCCACGUGUCUCGCCCUCAUUGGCCCGCACUGCCCGGGGCUAGUUACCCUGAAUCUGACAGACCAGAAGGGGGUGACAGAUGCGGUGUUGGCAGGGGUGGGGGGAGGUUGUGUAGGGUUGAAGACUCUCAAGGUGAAGGUGCAUCACGGGAAGCUGAGUCAAGGGCUGGAAGCGAUCGCUGCCAACUGCAGAAUGCUAGAGACGCUCUCUCUUCCCACUCAGGCUCUCAAAGUGACGGUGCAUCAUGGGAAGCUGAUUCAAGGGCUAGAAGCACUCCCUGCCAACUGCCGGAUGCUAGAGAUGCUCUCCCUCCCCACUCAGCAUACGUGCUGCGCUGAGGACGCUCAAGGUGAAGGUGCAUCAUGGGAAGCUGGACUGGAGGCCAUUGCAGGCAACAGCAGAAUGGUAGAGACGCUCUCUCUUCCCACUCAGGUCCGGGAGUCCAGCCUCGGGCCGCUCCUCUCGUCCUUCUCGCACCUAACUCGUCUCGACCUGAGUUGGAGCACCAAGCUCGCAGACCCCGCCUUUGCCACCAUCGCCUGCUGCUGCCCGCACCUCCACCAUCUCGACGCUUCAUUCUCCCAGAUAUUCCACGUAGGCCUCGCCUCCCUCGCCGCCCACUGCCCCACCCUCUCCUUCCUCCGCCUCAAUGCCUGCCAUGCCAUCUCACAUAUAGGUCUUGCCUCCCUCGCCGCCCACUGCCCCGCCCUCUCCUCCCUCCGCCUCAACGCCUGCCAUGCCGUCCGCCCACCCCACUGCCUCCCCAUUCUCUCCCGCCUCCCCUCCCUGCAAUCCCUCGACCUCGGCCAAAGCCCCCUUCUGGCUGACUGGGUGGAGGGGCUUUUAUCGCAAAAGGAGGGGGUGUUUGGCGAGAAGGUAAUUCUCACUCUCGCCUGUCCCUCUCUCUGCCGCAUCAACUUCGGCACCACAUCACGCAUCCUCCUCUCCCCCACUCCCUCCACCACCACCACCACCAGCAGCAGCAGCAGCGCUGUCAACGCCCUCCCUGGCCCUCCCACCACCACACCCACCUCUUCCUCCUCUCACAGACGCAUCCUGACACCCAGAAGCCCAAGUAUCUUCUCUCGUCUCGCUGCCCUUGCUUCUCCUCGCACCAAGCCGCUUGAAGGGUCGGCAGUGGCUGGAGGAGGAGGUCCCACUGGUGCUGGCAUUGACAAUGCCGGUGGCAGUUCCCUCGUGCUGCCCUGCUUCGGCAUGUCAGACACAGUAAUCUCCGCCAUUGCUUCCGCCUGCCCCAGCCUCACGUCUCUCCGCUUCGACCCCGGUUCCAAGAAACGCUACGCGAAGAUUCUCGGAAUGUUCCAAGUCGCCGGAGCGCUGGAUAUCGACUGCACCGUGACAGACGCAUCCCUCCAAUCGCUGGCCGCCAGCUGUCCGUCGCUCUCAGAGCUCCACCUCUUUUCAGACUACCUUCUGGGCACCGGUCUCGCCUCCCACUCCCCAGCUACACCUUCCUCCACUCCCCCCUCGCCCCCUCCUCCUCCGAUCCCCAAUUCGACAUCUUCGUCUCCUCUUCCCAAUCGUAGCCCACCCACCCCGUCCUCCCUAUCCCCUCUUCGCAAUAACAAUUCCUCCCCAUCCUCCUCCCCGUCGUCCUCCUCCCCUUCCUCCUCGCCUCUUCCCUCCAAGCCUCCCUACCGCUUCCUCUCCCUCAAGGCACUCUCUAUCACCAGCUGCUCUCUCGCUGACCCGGGCGUUGCCUGCAUAGUCACCGCCUGCCCCAACCUCCUCCGGCUGCUCCUGCGUGAUUGCAUACAGGUACAUUGCAUCAGCCUUACUGUUGGGCCUCGGGUAAUCGUAUCGUACCGCUUCCUCUCCCUCAAGGCACUCUCUAUCUCAAGCUGUUCUCUCGCUGACCCGGGUGUUGCCUGCAUAGCUGCCGCCUGCCCCAACCUCCUCCAACUUUUGCUGCGCGGUUGCAUACAGGUACGCUGCCCUUUCACUGGCUACAGCUGCUCUCUCCCUGUCCCAUGCCUUUCCUGCAUAGCCGCUGCCUGCCCCAACCUCCUGAAACUGUUGCUGCACGAUUGCAUACAGGUGAAUCAGCAACUCUCUGCCUUUCUUUUUCUCCCUGACUCAGCCCUCUCUUCCCACUCUUUCUCACUCCUCACCUUUGCCCCUCUCUCCUCCUUGGCUCCCUGA